UUAUAUCACAUUCUGUUUUAACAGAACUUUCGUUUUUAUCCAGCGUUAUUUUAUCAGAUUUUUAUCUCAUGAAAUGGCUUCAAAGGCGCUAAAAAUAUUGGCUUGUGGAGAUGUGGAAGGCCAGUUUGAUCAGAUUUUUAAAAGAGUAGAUUCAAUCCAAAAGAAAAGUGGACCAUUUGAUCUUUUGAUUUGUUCAGGAGAAUUUUUUGGUGCUAACAAUUCCCAGUGGGAGAAAUAUGCAUCUGGUUCCGUGAAAGCUCCAAUCUCAACUCUAAUUCUGGGCUCAACCAAGGAAAGUAACUCAAAAUACUUUUCUGACAAAGAAGGUGGAGAAUUAUGUGAAAAUAUUACAUAUUUAGGACGUAAAGGCCAGUUUACAGGAAGUUCAGGGCUACAGAUAGCUUACCUCAGUGGAUUAGAAAGCCCAACUGGGGAAUCAGAUGCUGUUCAUUUCAACAAGCGUGAUGUCGCCGCCCUGGUGGCAUCGUCUUCAUCCGACUCCAAGUUUAAAGGCAUUGACAUUUUGUUGACAUCCCAGUGUCCUCUUGGUGUAGAAAAGUACAGUCAGUCAAAGGAAACGGUUGACAGCACAGACUGCGGGUCUGAGAUUGUUUCCCAGGUGGCUCUCAUUCUCAAACCAAGAUACCAUUUCUCCACAAUAAAUGGACAGUACUUUGAGAGACAACCUUACAGAAAUCACAAGGUGUUGGCUGGAAGUGCUCAGCACGUGACCAGAUUUAUAAGUCUUGCCAAAUUGGGAAAUGCAGAAAAGAAAAAAUAUUUGUAUGCGUUCAACAUAACCCCAAUGUCUGUCAUGGACACUACAGAACUUGUCUCUCAACCCGUGGGCACUACAGAAUGUCCGUACAAAUCUUCCCCAGCCAUACUGUCACAUCUGAAGACAUCAAAGGAAGAAAAACCUGUACAAUUCUUCUACAACACAGAACAUACUGAACAAGUAGGGCGUGGGAAGAAAAGACAACAUGAUGGUAACCAUGAAAAACGGCCACCCAAGAAACACCCUCAGCCCACUGGGCCAUGCUGGUUUUGCCUGGGAAGUGCUGAGGUGGAAAAGCACUUGGUGGUCAGUGUCGGUCUGCAGUGUUACCUGGCCCUUGCAAAGGGUGGGUUAGUGAGUGACCACGUUCUCAUACUGCCCAUUGGUCAUCACCAGUCAACCGUGUCCAGUACAGCAGAUGUACGACAGGAGAUAGAACAGUACAAAAAGUCUCUGAAGAAGUGCUUCAAGGCACAGGGAAAGGCAGUUGUCUUUUUUGAGAGGAAUUUUCGAACUCAACAUCUUCAAAUUCAGGCUGUCCCAAUCCCAGAGUCAGCAGUUCAAGAUGUUAAGGACAUUUUCAUAGAAACAGCCCAGGAACAGUCCUUUGAGCUCCAUGAAAUCCCCAAACAUUCUGAUCUCAAACAGAUUGUACCGGAAGGUGUACCUUACUUUUACACAGAAUUGCCAUCAGGUGAAAAACUUCUGCACAGAAUCUCUAAAGGCUUCCCUUUGCAGUUUGGCAGGGAGGCCUUGGUACAUCCAGAAGUACUGAACAUGCCUGAGCGAAUUGACUGGAAGAAUUGUAAAAUUAGUAAAGAAGAGGAGAUCGAGCAAGCUGCAGAUUUCAAACGGAACUUCAAGCCUUAUGACUUCACAUUAGUAUGAGGAUAGUUGUUGUAAUUGUAAAUACUUGUUAAGAUGUGCAUUUGAUGAUUUAUGUUUCAUUGAUGUUUUAGCACACUUUUUUUUUAUUUAUCUCAUGUAUGACUCUUAAUGAUAUUAUUCCAUCUUUUUAUGUACCAUCUUCUUAAUAUGCUUU